GCGUAACAAAUAGUCACCUUCGGGUGGUGAAUAUUGUUCAUAUGAAUGGUGAAUAGCCUUGACAGUCGGCCAUUUGUUUUUCAUUCCCCGUGUGUAGAAAAAUCGACGGCUAGAGAUGAUGUCCAAUCAGUUCUUGAGCGUGGCGCGCAAUGCCGUGCUGAGGCAGAUGGUGCGCCACUCGUCCAGGGAUCACAGCAACUUCUCCAAGAUCGGAAAGCGCGAGGUCGUGGGCUACGGCCGGAGCGGCGAGCCAGUGUACUAUGAUUGCGUGGAGUACCCAAUGCCCGCGAUCCGCUGGCAGGAGCCGACACCGCAGCUCCUGGCGCUGCGCGAGAAGGAGAAGGGCGACUGGAAGAAGCUGAGCAUCGACGAGAAGAAAGCUCUCUACAGGGCUUCUUUCUGCCAGACCUUCGCCGAGUUCAAGCACCCGACGGGCGAGUGGAAGGGCUGCAUUGGCUGGACGCUGGUCUUCACUUCCAUUGCCAUCGUCUUCUCCCUGUGGAUGAACGCCUACGUGUACGACGAGUUGCCGGAGAGCUUCAGCGAGGAGAGCCGCAAGGCGCAGCUGAAGAGGAUGCUGGACCUUGAGGUGAAUCCCAUCCACGGUCUGUCGUCGAAGUGGGACUACGAGAACAAGAGGUGGAAGUAAACCAGCCGGCAUUAGUCAAAGAAUUUGUCUUUCACGCCAAUAUUUAAGUGAAACUUGCGAUAAAUUGUGCGUGGCGAAUCUCUGGGGAGCUUCGUCUCUCCAGAGGACGCCACACCUCAGCUGUAGUCGUCGGAAAUGAGAAAAUAAAUGUGAAUUGAAAAAUAAA